AUGUUGCGUCAGAAAGCUUUGGAGGAAGUUCUGGGACAAGUGAACACAGCUGAAGUUACUGGAGCAUUGGUGUUCAACCGUGAAGGACUGUUGUUAGCCUAUAAUGGUUACGGUGAUAGCAAGGACCACGCGAACAUAUCUGCUGCACUGAUCUCUAGUAUCUGGGAAUCAUUCGAUAAAAAAGGCGAGUACUAUGAAUCUGAGCUUUAUGCGGACGAGAAGAUUUAA